AUGCGCCAGCGGAUAGACCACUUGGAGGACCUGGUCAAAAAGCUCAUUCAAGAGCGACAGCCUGUCUCGACACCCACCAAAAUCACAGUUCCUACCGCUGAACGCCCCAGCCCCGAGCCGGAACCGGACCUAUCUAGUGGGACUGGAAAGACAGUCAUGGAUGGUAUGCAUUCUGUCUAUGUCAGCGGGAGUGAUUGGCACGUCGUGCUUGAGGAGAUCAGGGAACUCAAGAGAGCAUGUAACGAGGACGAGGAUGACAGCAUGAGCGACUAUAGCAUUGCUCCCGCGCUUUCAUAUACUGUUGAUGGUUCGAGUCUGCUUUUUCACCAAGUUAAGCCAAUGGAAAAGAUGGAGAUUCUUUCCACCCUGCCAUCCAGGUUCGAGGUUGAUCAGCUCAUCUCCUAUUUCUUUGACCUGGCGUUUCCCAUCCAUCUUCCCCCUAUCCUCCAUAAACCGACCUUCAUGCGCGAGUACAACGAGCACUGGGAGAACCAGUCCCGGACUAGCUUUAUCUGGCUCGGCCUCCUAUUCUCCAUUCUCGGCAUCACUAUGCUUGCGUACCACCAGCACGGGGAGCCACCAAAGUACAAAGGGGUUUCUGAGCCGCUCUUCCAGCUAUAUCGCAUACGUACAUCGCAAUGCCUGCUGAGCGGAGACAUAACAAAGUGUCUCCCCUACACCGUCGGGACACUACGCUUCAAUGCCACGGCCGAGCUCAAUCGCCAAGACGACAACCGCCGCGGUCUCUGGAUCAUGUCUGCCGUCGUUGUCCGCGCCGCCAUCAACAUGGGUUAUCACCGCGACCCCUCCCGAAUCCGAGGCAUAUCCGCCCUACAAGCCGAAUACCGCCGCCGCGUCUGGUACUCCGUCAACAGCAUGGACGACAUGGCCUCCUUCCUCGGCGGCUUUCCCCGCAUGACAUCAGCCAUCUCCGCGGACACGGCCGAGCCCCGCAACCUUCACGACUGGGAACUGUCCCCAGACACAUCCGUAGUGCCCCCUUCCCGCCCCCUAACCGAAUCCACCCUAGCAACCUACCUAAUCAUCAAAGGUCGCCUGUUCCGCGCCCUGGGUCGUGUAGCAGACUUCAACAGCGCCCCCACGCUCGGGUCGUACGAGACCCUGCGAGAGGUCGACGGCGCCCUGCAGGAGGCAUAUCAGGGCCUGGAACUGAUGUCCACCACCGCUGCCCCUGCCGCUGUCGGGAACGGGGAUGGGCGUAAGGCCGGGGCCUCGGCCGACAACAUGUUUCCCUACUUCGGUAUGCUGGGCAUGUACCACAGUGGCGUGUGCACACUACACCGCAGGUUCAUGGCCAAGGCGCGGGGCAAUACUCAGUUUGGACUUUCGAGAGAGAGGUGUAUCGCGUCUGCGCUGGCGCUGGUCGAAAUGCAGCAAACUCUGGAGACGGGGUUUUACAAGUACUGGCAGACGAGGCAGAUGAUGACGCUUGCAGCUAUGGUCUUGUGUCUCGAGCUGGAGCUGCGGCGGAAGCCUUCCGAUAGGGGGGGUAGUGAUGGGAAUGUAGCUACGUCUCCGGAUAGUGGCGUGCUGUUGGGGGUGUUGGACCAGGCGUGUGCUCGUUGGGCGGAGGCGAUAGGUACGUGUGAGGAGGCGGGGAAGGUCUAUCGCCUCCUCGUCAGCAUGCUCGCGGGGUUCCGGACAGGGGCUGGGAAAGGGGUUGGGGAGGAUGUUGGUGCUUUGGAAGCCCCCAUGGUACCAAUGGAGGGGCUCUUCGAGCUCUUGAGCCCGCAGGUCGGCGAACCGAAUGGGCUUUCCGCCUUGGACAAGGACCUAUCUAGUAUUGAGUUUGACUCGGAUGUAUGGGAUGCCUUUAUGGGGUACGACGAGGCAAGUGGCAGUUACAAGUCCGCCCCUUUUUACUGA